CGGCCCCGCCCCCUCCGCCGCCACCGUCGCCUUCCCCGCUUUCCCCCCGAGCGGCGCGUCGCCCUCCGAGGCGGCCCCGGCCGGCACGGGUGGUGGACUGAGCUCUGCCUGGAAAAAGAAGCCCAAUUCUUUCUCCGAGCUCCCUUUCUCCGCUCCCUUUAGGGGGAGCCCAGGCACAAAAUGGGGGACCCAAGAGACCUCUGUCCUCACCUGGAUUGCAUAGGUGAGGUCACCAAGGACGAAAUGCUUUUCAAAUCCAAGGGAACAUGCCAGUCGUGUGGUGCAGGAGGACCAAAUCUCUGGGCCUGCCUUCAGGUUGGUUGCCACUACGUCGGUUGUGGAGAGUCCUUUGCGGAUCACAGCACUUUGCACGCCCAGGCCAAAAAGCACAAUUUGACGGUGAACCUGACCACGUUUCGGGUGUGGUGCUACGCGUGCGAGAAGGAGGUGUUCUUGGACCAAAACCUGGCUUCCCAUCCUACCAACCUGCCUUCCAAAUUCAUGGAACAGGACACUCUCCCACCUCUCCACCCGCUCAAAGCCGUUCCGAUUGCCGUUGCUGACGAAGGAGAAUCGGAAUCGGAAGAUGACGACCUCAAACCAAGAGGCCUUACGGGGAUGAAAAAUCUCGGGAAUUCGUGUUACAUGAACGCUGCUCUCCAGGCGCUCUCGAACUGCCCCCCACUCACACAGUUCUUCCUGGAAUGCGGGGGUCUCGUGAGAACCGACAAGAAGCCGGCGCUCUGCAAAAGUUACCAGAAGCUGAUUUCCGAAGUCUGGCACAAAAAACGCCCGAGCUACGUUGUCCCCAGCAGCCUCUCUCACAGCAUCAAGCUGAUUAACCCCAUGUUCCGGGGCUACGCCCAGCAGGAUACGCAAGAAUUCCUCCGCUGCCUGAUGGACCAACUUCACGAAGAGCUGAAGGAGCCGAUGACGGCCGAACUGCGUGACUCGGACGCCAGCGACACGGACGACAAGCGAGAGGGCGACCGCAGCCCCUCGGAGGACGAGUUCCUCUCCUGCGACUCGAGCAGUGACCGCGGGGAAGGGGACGGGCAGAGCAAAGCAGGCUCCGCCGAAGCGGAGCUGCUGAUCCAGGAGGAGGCAGGGAGCCGCAGCAUCUCUGAGAAGGAGCGGAUGAAGGAGCGGAAAUUCUCCUGCCACCAACGGCGGAGCAACUCGGAGCAAGUCGACGAAGAUGCUGAUAUCGACACAUCGGUGAUGGCGGUGGAGGGCGGGGCUUCUCCGGAAGGGCUCCUCCCACCCCCUCCUCGACCCGCCAGUCCUUCGAGGACCCCAGAACCAGAUAAUGACGCCUAUCCACGUUGUCCCUCGCGGCCCUGCAGCCCUGUCCACCACGAUGUCUACGCCAAACUCUCGAAUCCUCCACAUUCCAGCCCGGUGAGGCUGGGACACUCGUACGUGCUGAAGAAAGCUCAGCUGUUGACUUCCGGAAAAAAGAAGAAAGAGUUACGUUACCGUAGUGUCAUUUCUGACAUCUUCGACGGCUCCAUUCUCAGCCUCGUCCAAUGCCUCACCUGUGACCGAGUUUCCACCACCGUAGAGACUUUCCAAGAUCUGUCGCUGCCUAUUCCCGGGAAGGAAGAUUUGGCGAAACUGCAUUCAGCCAUUUACCAAAACGUGCCCAUCAAGGCAGGAGCGUACGGCGACAGCUACGCUGCCUCGCAGGGCUGGAUCGCCUUCAUCAUGGAAUACAUUCGCAGGUUUGUGGUGUCCUGUAUCCCCAGCUGGUUUUGGGGGCCCGUCGUUACCCUGGAAGACUGCCUGGCUGCCUUUUUCGCCGCAGACGAGUUGAAAGGCGACAACAUGUAUAGCUGUGAAAGAUGUAAAAAGUUGCGGAACGGAGUCAAGUAUUGUAAAGUGCUUCAGCUGCCUGAGGUCCUCUGCAUCCACCUGAAGCGUUUCCGACACGAAGUCAUGUACUCCUUCAAAAUCAACAGCCACGUUUCCUUCCCGCUGGAAGGCCUGGACCUCCGGCCCUUCCUGGCCAAGGAGAGCAUCUCCAAGGUCACCAACUACGAUCUCCUCUCGGUGAUUUGCCACCACGGCACGGCCGGCAGUGGACAUUACAUCGCCUACUGCCAGAACAUGAUCAACGGCCAGUGGUACGAAUUCGACGACCAGUACGUGACAGAAGUGCACGAAACGGUGGUGCAGAAUGCCGAGGCUUACGUCUUGUUUUACAGAAAAAGCAGCGAGGAGGCUGUUCGGGAGCGCCAGAAAGUUGUCUCGUUGGCCACCAUGAAGGAGCCCGGCCUGUUGCAGUUUUACAUCUCCCGCGAAUGGCUGAACAAAUUCAACACCUUCACGGAGCCCGGACCCAUCAGCAACCACACCUUCCUCUGCUCCCACGGAGGAAUUCCACCAAAUAAAUACCAUUAUAUUGACGAUCUGGUGGUGAUUCUGCCCCAGAAUGUUUGGGAAUACCUGUAUAACAGGUUCGGGGGCGGCCCAGCCGUGAACCACCUCUACGUCUGUUCGGUGUGCCAGGUGGAGAUCGAAGCCCUGGCUAAGCGGAGGAAAAUGGAGAUCGAUACAUUCAUCAAGCUGAACAAAGCCUUCCAGGCGGAGGAAUGUCCAAGCGUCAUUUUCUGCAUCAGCAUGCAGUGGUUCCGCGAGUGGGAAGCCUUCGUCAAAGGGAAGGACAACGAACCCCCUGGUCCGAUCGACAACACCAAAAUUGCCGUGGCCAAAGGAAGCGGCCACAUGCAAGUCAAACAGGGAGCCGAUUACGGGCAGAUCUCGGAGGAGACCUGGAUCUACUUGAGCACGCUCUACGGCGGAGGCCCCGAGAUCGCCAUCCGGCAAAACGUGGCCCAGGUGCAGGAGGUGGAAAGUCUGCACGGGGAACAGAAGAUCGAAGCUGAGACCAGGGCUGUUUAAAACGAGGGACACAUUCAGGUCAGCUGCUCCCCCUUCAAACUCCUCCUGCGUCUUGGAAGUCGACACACAGCCGGCCGCUGCUUUCAUCACUACCACCCCCCCCUGCCCUGUCCCCAGCCAGCCCCCCAUCUUCAUUUCUGAGGCUCGGUCGCUUCUCCCUCCCUCUUUGCCGGUGGGGGUGGCUGGGUGGAAGCUGACAGCAUCUCGCCUGCCUACAUUUAUCCCCAAAAUCAUUCCCGUUCCAGGCCAGGAUGAGCUCGUACUUCAGUUUGGUUUCCUGCUUUUGUCAUCCCAUCGCCUGCAGAAGCCGGGAAAGAGUUCUUUCGGGAGAGACUUUGGGCUGCCCUUGGAAGGAGCCGGUGUCAUCACCGUUCUCCUUUGUCACCUUGCCGGACCUUUUGUGACUUGAGCUGUUCUUGAGGCACCAAGGAGAAGCGCACCAUUGUCUUGGUUCUCUCCUUUUGGUUCCUCUCCUGAAUUUUUACCUGGAUGUGCGGAAUGGGGUGGGGUGGGCACAUGCAGGAGAGAUUUUGAAGCCACCUGGAAAGAAGCUCAUCGUUUGAAGGAAUACGUGGGCGACAGGGUUUGGGGGUUUUUUUCCCCCCUUCCUUUUGUGGCACACAAAAUAUUUUUUUUUGCCCCUCCCUUCACCCGGUACGGCUCAAAAGGGGUUGGCUGGAACCCCCAAUUCCCUUCUAUUUAUCUAUUUAUUUCCAAGGGACGGAUUGUCCUUGGUCCUUCUCGUCUCUGCCCCCCACGCCCUCCGCCAGCCCCAAUUAUUGCCCAGCAGGAACUGGUAACACUGGUACCCCUAAAACCAAGCACGAGCCUUCGAGCCACAUCGACAAACACGUUUGAACUUUCAUUCAUCCGGUGGUUCCUUAACACACCCAAACGGCUACAGCCAGAACCUUCCCCUCCCACCCAAAAAAAUCUAAAUAAUAAAAAUCUAAAUAAUUUAAAAAAAAAAGUUACAAAGAAAUUGAGGGAACCCUCCACUUCCGUGCACUGAAAGAGGUUGAGCCAUAUCCUUGGUAGGAUCGGACGAGGGAAUACGGGGACACACACACACACAAAGACACACAACCUUCUCCGUGAAUCGAUGCUGACGUUCACCCUGAAUUCCUGCAAAAAAAUUUUUUUUCCUUUCGGGGACGUGUGACUUUCUCAUCCGCUUGGAUGAUGCUUAGGGCAAGGUGGAAAAACUCGGGGAGUUUUUUUUCCCCCCCUAGGCAAAUGGCAGCCCCACUUUGGACGUGAACUAAGAGCUGGCCUCUUGGGGACGUCUCCACAUUUCCGCUUUUUCGACAAGAGCCCCGGUUCGCUAAUCCGAGAGAGCGAGCAGAGAUCCUUAACUGUCCCAGCGAUUUGUCACUCGGCAACUUUCUCCGCAGACUCGCACAGUUGGAAUGGCAUCGCCUUCAAUAAGCCAGUUUUUUUUUAUUAUUAUUAUUAUUAUUAUUAUUAUUAUUAUUAUUAUUAUUAUUAUUAUUAUUAUUUUUCUGGAGAAAGAAGGAGGAAUAGAUGCAGAAUGAAAAUGUGGACUUGGGAGAAGCUGCUUUGAAGACGAGACGUCGAUGGCAAAGGCUAGGUUGGGGAACCCACUUAAACACAAAGAGACCCUGGCCAAGUUUCUUGGCUUCACCUCUCUACCUGCUGGAGGCCAUCUGUCUAUGCCGUUUUCUCCCCCUCCCACAGUCCUCCUGUGGGAGGGGCAGCCUUUUUUUUUUUUCCCAUCGUCUUUCCUACUUCGCAGAGACUGGGACCUCGGACCAUUCAUCCCAGUGCCCAAAAUGGAGUUUAUUCUAUUUAUUUUUUUUCCUGCCGAGAACAUCAGCCAAUAAAACUCGCUCGCAUUCAAAAGUC